AAAUUAUCGUUUGUGGAGCAGCUCAGAGAAAAAAAGCCUGUUGCGCUUUGGAAUUGAUAUCGCGAUAAGUGCGAGAUAAGCGUCGCUGGCCCCAAACUUCUUUUGGACGCACUGCCGAAACGACCUGCCGUCGCUAAUUCGACUAAUUCGGCGCCAGCUACUGGGCCCACAGCGGCGCCGUUCGUGCUCCUGAAUUACGGACCCGAGCGCUGGAAGCGACGAGGCUUCUUCCAGGAUGUCGUCGGAGGAGGCCAAGGGGGCCGGCGGAGGCGGUAACGAGGCGUCAACGCUCCGCUUAGGCUGCAAGGUGCAGGGCUAUCGUCAGCUCAGCAGCCAGAUCGUGACCAAGGAUGAAAUCGCGGAGGAAAUCAACAACAGGUUCAGCAAGAGUGCCUCGGACACCACAAGACCUUUUGUGGACAAACGAGUGCUACAGGAAGCUCUUCUUGCUCUCAAAUUCGACGAACAGUUCGUCAGGAAAAUUGACCCAAGCAAUGAGGAGUUUCUCUUGGCGCAGGAAAAGAAAAGAGCCAACUCUGAGGCCGCGGGGGCUGCGGACGAGCCACGUUCGCGCUUCGGAAAGCGUUUGGAUCCCAAAAUGGAAAAGGAGCUGGCGUUGAAACAACUUAGUGAGCUGCCAACACUCAAGAGGCGGCGCAAAAAUCAAGACGUUGCUUCACCUCCUGAGCCACCUCCAGCUCCAAGCGUUUUUAAUGAAAAGGUGCUUCAAAACCUGAAGCGCUCUGUGCAGAGAUCUGCACGCCACUCUGCACUGGUUUUGAAACCGGAGGCUGUGCGCACGGCGCUAGAGAGGCUUGGCGUCCCCCCUCCGGCCGCAGAAGGAGCUGCAGAGCCGCUUACUCUUUCAGAGGAACUGAAUCCCUACCGGCAGUCUGCGUCCAGGAUCAUUCGUCGCCACUCGAGCAGUGAAGAUGAAGACGAUUCAGAUCCAGAGGAUUCACACACGUCUUUGGCAGAGACGGGUGGCACAGUAGCGACUGAGGCUCCAGCGGAGGCGACUGCCACUGAAGCAUUGUCGAGUGAGGCCGCGGCGCCAAAGGACCAAUGUACCAACUGUAAAGCAGAGGAAGACAAGUUAAAAAUUGAAGUCAAAGAGGAGCCGCCGAGCGAGUUGUCUCCCAACGGACCAGACGUGCGUGUGAUGCGCAGCAGGGUGCAGAAGACGUAUCCAUCGAAGCGGCGGUCAGCGCCAUCCCCUGGCGACGAUGGCCGCCGCACGUACCUGUCUCCGGUGAUGAAGAAGCAGCUUGGCCGCAUCUGACGCUGCUCGGGCCCAACGCCACCCUGGGGCCCCCCAAAGAGACUUGACUCGUGCGAUUUGAUUGAUUGUUGAACAUACUUUAUUUGUUUUGUUUCCUCUUUUUAACUUGUGAAUUAAGCCAACCACCUGUGCAUGUGAGCAUGCCAAGGAAUUCAGUCUAAAAACUGUGUUGUUCGAAUGUUUUGUAAAUAUAUAGUAGGAUGAGAGUAAAUAAAAGUGGAUUUUAGCUA